UGAACGUGGACGGCUGCCUUGGGCGUGGGAUCGCGAGAUGUCGUACCAGUCGUUUUCUACUCAAUAGUCCUUCCACUCGACGCAUUUCCUGCGUGCCACAUCGGCCUCCAAACCUCCUCUAGUCCUUCUGUUUCCGUCGUCCUGUCCCUCGGCCCUUAUGGUAGCUGAGGAUGAAGCCAGUAUACGUCUUUCUCCUGUCAGCGGCCGCUGGGGUAGUGCACGGGGCGGUCGACCUUGACGGUUCCAGGGUCGUGCAGCCGCUUGCAGAUGGCGACCCUUCACCCAUUGCCGAUACACUCACCUACAUGCCGGAGCAACACGACUGUCCUUUGCCAUGCGAUGUCGACUACGCAAACGUUCACAAAUGGACUCCUUACUACUCGGUCAGCCGUCUCUAUCGCUGUGAGCGGCCGAUGCUUUUGCAUUUCUCGGUUCUGCUUCCUCUGGAUGACCCAAGAACCGACGUCCUCAUACGGGGUUGUACACUGGACAGAGAUCCCGCUUCUACUAGCGACCGGAGCAUUACAAACGCUUCUUCUAUGCCAAUCGACAAUCCCAAAUUGGGAACCGGCCUGUUCCAAGCCAGCAUAAACGUUGCGCCGGCAUGUGCCAUCGAGGGCAGGGAAACCAGCGGGGAGCUGGUGUUUAGGGCCAGCGGCGGCAGGGCAUCUGACCAAGAAGCACUGGCCCUUUUGGACGGCAUGAAGGACUUCUUCAACACGACAGACAACUGUGACGAGACAUUUCUCUUCGCAUACCACAAACAGACGGUUGCCGGCAUGCACAUUGGCGCCGGCCUGGGCAAGCGAACCGUGGCGUCUGUGCUCCAGGUUGUCGCCGGCCGGCUUCGAGCGGGCGAUUCGGUGGCCAAUCAAACCGUUGCCGAGAUCUGCGGCGGCGGAAGGGGAGCCGAGACUGUGUUCGGUCUCUCUGUCGACACCACUGGCGACAUCGCGGCUGUUCAGAGAACCGUAGUCGCCUGGAGUCGGGGUGACUGCGCCGACGGCAAUGCCCAUGGGCCUCCUCAGCCGCAUGAGACGCUUGCCGUCAAGGUCUUCGAUAUUGCUUCUACGCCCCUGACAGACGACGACGAGUCCGUCAUCCGUGGCACCAACACCACCACCGCCAACACCGCCAACACUACAUCACCAGCCCUAGUCCAUCCACGGAACUGGAGCGCCAACCACGCUUGGCAGCGAGCAGCUGCGCUUGGAAAGCGUGCAACGUGCGCCUACAUCCGAGUCGAGGCCGGCGACGGCUGUGCCUCUCUUACCGCCAAAUGCGGGAUUCGGGGCGCCGACUUUGCCAAGUACAACCCCAAACCUAAUCUAUGCUCCAGCCUCCAGGCUGGAGACUACGUCUGUUGCUCUGGGGGCGAUCCCUACACGGAGCCCAAGCCCGAGGCCCCAAAGCCCAACCCCGACGGGUCUUGCGCAGUCCACUUCAUCCAGAACACCGACACAUGCGAGCUGCUGGGCAAGCGAUUUGGGUUGACCGAGGCCCAGAUCGAGUCCUUCAACAAAGGCAAGACCUGGGGCUGGACCGAGUGCAGAACUAUGCUCGCCGGGUACAACAUGUGCCUUAGCACCGGAUCCGCGCCGCUCCCCCCUCCGCAACAGGGCACGCAGUGUGGGCCGCUGGUCCCAGGCACCCAGUGGACCAACACCUCGAUCCCCAUGACGGACCUCAACCCGUGUCCGCUCAGGGCCUGCUGCAGCAACUGGGGUCACUGCGGCCCCUUUCCCGCGCACUGCGACAUUCACGCGCCCCCUGGCGGUGGGCCCGGGGUGAAACUCCCGGGCUUCGACAGCACCUGCGUCUCGAGCUGCGGCAACGAGAUCAAGCAAAACUCCGGGCCACCGGCCACCUUUUCGCGCAUCGGCUAUUACGAAUCGUGGAAUAUGAACCGGGAUUGCCUGUGGCUCAAGGCCGAGAACGCGAAUGCCGACUGGUCCUACACCCACAUCCACUGGGGCUUUGCCGAGAUCGACCCAGCGACCUGGACAGUCGUCCUGAAAGACCCCCACAACCAGUGGCAGUCUUUCAAGAAUCUCCCUCUUGUGAAGAGAAUUGUCUCGUUUGGCGGUUGGGCCUACUCCACGGAGCCUGCGACCUACAACAUUAUUCGACAAGCUAUUAUCGCUAAUCGUGAGACGUUUGCAACGAAUGUAGCCAAAUUUGUCAUGGACGAGGGUAUCGAUGGUGUUGAUAUCGACUGGGAAUAUCCGGGGGCCCCCGACAUCUACGUGGACGGGGUGCCCAUUGGUCAGCAGGGCGACGGCGUAACCUAUCUCCGGUUCUUGACGGCCCUCAAGAGCAAGCUCCCAAACAAGUCCGUCUCCAUCGCGGCGCCAGCGUCGUACUGGUAUCUGAAGGCCUUUCCCAUCGACCGCAUUGCUGCCGUGAUUGACUACAUUGUAUACAUGACCUACGAUCUCCACGGCCAGUGGGAUUACGGCAAUCCGAACGCGUACGACUCUUGCCCGUCUGGCAAAUGCAUCAGAAGCCACGUGAACCUCACGGAAACUAGGAACACUCUUUCGCUAAUUACGAAAGCCGGAGUGCCCAACAACAAGAUCUUUGUCGGCGAGGCGAGCUACGGCAGGUCCUUCCACAUGGCUGUUGAGGGCUGCUGGGGACCCAUGUGUGACUUUACGGGCACCCGACUCCAGUCAGACGCGAAGCCAGGAAGGUGUACCAACUCGCCGGGAUAUAUGGCAUACGCCGAAAUCAACGAGCUUAUCCGCAGCGGAGCGGGGCAGGUUGUGCAUGACCACGAUUCCAACACCGAUGUUCUGUUAUACGAAGGCGACUACAUCAGUUACAUGACGCCAACAACGAUGAGGACGCGGCAGGCCGACUGGAAGAAGCUCAACUUUGCGGGCACAAUCGACUGGGCCAUCGACCUGCAGGCCUUUGGCCAAGAAGAUUUCGACGUGCCGGCCACCGUACCGCCAGCCGGGGAAGAGGCCUGUAUCGCGGGGGAAAGCCCUGAUCUGAAUGCCGACUCGCUCUGUCAGUUUGCUUGUGCCUACGGCGUCUGUCCGGAACCAACGUGCAUAUGCACUCUGACCGGGCCUGCCAUGGCGCUCCCGGCCGUGGCGUCGAACCAGGAGUUCAUGGCCUGGGACGAGCUGAACGUGGAUCUCCAGCGUCUCUGCAAGUUUGCCUGCAAGUACGGCUACUGUCCGCCAGACGCGUGCACCACUCCGGUCGUGGAUGAGUAUGAGGACGGGUCUGUCGACUCCAGCCUCGACCUGGGCGGCAUGAUGGACAGGGGCAAGUACAACGACCUGCAAGAUCAGUGCAUGCUCUUCAAGUACCCGCAGUACCGGGAUCCGGAGAACUGCCUUGCUGAAUGCAUAGACGAAGUCGAAGCAGCCAAGGCCGAGGGCCGGACCACCAACUAUGGCUGCGUCGGCAACUUCCCGCUUGACAAGGAUCUUCCGUGGACACUGUACCCUGGAAGUCAGGAUCCUGACAAUGUCUAUGUGCCGGGGAAGUGUGUAUGCGACAACAUGCUCGUCAACUUCAUUGCCGAUACCAUUAUCGACGCCCUCCCCAUCAUUGCCCAGAUUGGCUGUUACGUCGUGAUGUCAACAUUCAAGUUGAUCCUCGACGUAGGGUUGGAAGCGAUUCCGGGUGCAGGCAAGAUUCUGGACGCCGGGUUAGAUGCCGUGGCCACAGCUGCCCAACUGCUCUCUUACGCAUAUCCACCCGACCAGGAUCCCGUCGGAGCUUUCUCGUGGUGGCUCAGCCCCUGUGGAGGAGAUGACCUGGUCCCGGACGAGAUCAAGCAGGUCUUCGACACGCUUAGCUCCCUCGCCGAUGGCGUGUCCAGCUUUGAGGUACCCAAGAACAUUCCGAAGGGCAGCGGGAAAAAAGGAGACGCCGCGAACCCUACCGAUCGUUCCAAGCCCAAAGCGGGUACCGGCACGGGCCCCAACGGCACGGGCAGCGGCGCAGUCAGGAAGAAGAAGAAGUGUCGCGUUCCACCUAAGCAGUCCACCAUCAUCCUGGGCGAAGCAAAGAACACCCUUCGCUUGCAGUCGUGUGUUACCGAUUCCAACGGUGACGCUUCGACGACCAAGGACGACUACAUCGUCACGUCGUUGACUUUUGGCCCGACCCCGACGACCGUGGAGAAGGUCUGCAGCAAAGCGUGGACCCAAGCUUGCUAUCAUUACAGUUCGGCCAUCGCCCAGAACAGCGCAUGGGAUUCGCUCAAGUGCGUGCAUGGGAGCGUCGUGGCGCCGGAAGCAACGUACCGUCCUGGGCCUGAUAAGUGGUACAGACAACACCACGAAAGUUGGAGGAAAGGGAAGGCUGCUGAAGCUUUGCGCGACCAUCGUGCAUGCCAGGUCGACGAAUGGCCACCACGCUACUUCCUUCAAAAGGGCGUCAGUGAUGAGUUGAAAAAGGCCGGGGAAAAGGGCGGCCAGCUCAUGCGCUACCUGCCGGCCAAGGAGAACGGGCUCGCUGGGGGGACGUUCAAGAGCGUUUGCUUCAAACCCCACAUCGAAUCAUGGACGCCCGCCGAGUUCAAGAAAAGGUGGGAUGCAGUGCCCCUCGUCAAAAAGGUCCCGGCGGAUGACAAGAAAGUCAACAGCCUGGCCACCUCGCUGCAGGUCGACGUGACGCCCUACUUCCGCUUCUCCAAGUUUGAGCAUGCUGCCAACCCUCUGCGGGACGCUGGCAUGUGGGACAACCCGUGCUGGCCCAAGAGGGGGGCGUCCAAAGACCCGGGAUUCACGCUCUGGCACAAUGAUGAGUGGUACACGACGCACACGCCCAAUCCCCGGUACGAUUUCUCAAAGCCGUAUCAGAAGGGGGGUCCGAACGGAGACUAGUUGCCAUCGCUACUGGCACAUUCUGCGACCGCAGGAUCCUGGUGCGGAGGACGAAGGGGGUAGAGUGAGGAGCUUGCUUGAAUAGCUUAUCCAGGACGUGGGACAGCAAUAUAUAUAUAUAUAUAUAUAUAUACUAGGUAGUAACGAUGUUCUCUGCUCCAC